UUCGACACGCCCCCUGCACUGUAAUUGGUCAGAGGUCGCUAGGCGGGUUAAUGUGACGCGUCAAAAAAUGUGAAAGCAGAGUGCGCGUGCACACAGAGCAGAGAUGACCGUCAACACACCGAGGGCAGAGCAGCGCGCGCACAUGGCCUGUUUCACCAAGAUGGAGAGGAUGAUUGUGUCCAUGCAGGAUCCAGAUAUGGGAAUGAAGAUGAGAAACCAGAGACUGCUGAUUACCCUCAUACCUCAUACCAUGACUGGCAGUGAUGUUGUUGAAUGGCUGAUAAAAAAAUAUAACAUCACUGAAGAAGAGGCAUUACACAUUGGAAACCUCUUGGUGAAGUACGGAUAUAUUUACCCUUUAAAGGAGCCUCGGAACCUGUGUUUGAGGCAGGACGAGUCACCUUACCGAUUUCAGACUCCGUAUUACUGGACGUCGAGUCUCUGGCCUGCCACAGAACUGGACUACGCUAUUUAUUUGGCCAAGAAGAACAUUCGCAAACAAGGAGAACUGAUAGAGUACGAAAAGGAGUGUUAUAAUACCCUGCAUAAGAGAAUCAAUCACACCUGGGACUUUGUGGUGAUGCAGGCGAGAGAGCAGCUCAGGGCAUCAAAACACCGCCGCAAAUCUGACCGCAUUGUACUGGAGUGUCAGGAGCAAGCGUACUGGCUGGUCAACAGACCUCCUCCAGGAACUUUGGAUAUUUUGGAGUUUGGUCCUGAGAAACGGAACAUCACAAACACACGAGUGCUGCUGAAUACAGAAUUCUACAGGAGAGAGAUUGUGCAAAUCAGGAAAAACCUGGAAAGAAGGAAUCGAGUGAAGUCCUCUGUUUGUCUGGAAAGUUUUGUUAAGUAUAGUGCUCAGUACCUGAACCAUGACCCCAUAAUGCAUGGCUGCCUUCCCAGCAACCCCUGGAUCACAGACGACACCAUGUUGUGGAAUAUCAACUCAGACAUGGUUGCCAUGCCGACAAAACUUCGUGUGGAACGUUGGAGCUUUAGCUUCAUGGAGCUGCUGAAUGACCCAAUGGGCAGAAAAGAGUUCCUCACUUACCUGGAGAAAGAAUUCAGUGCGGAGAACCUGUGUUUUUGGCAGGCGUGUGAGGACAUGCGACACGGAGAGACUUCCAAAAUCCCAGAGAAAGUGGAUGAGAUUUACAAGCAGUACCUCGCUCCUGGAGCCACACAGUCAGUCAACAUCGAUGGAAAGACGAUGGCCAUCACUCUGGAGGGAAUGAAGAACCCAGAUCGCUUCGUCUUUGACAGUGCACAGACACACAUCUACGUCCUCAUGAAGAAGGAUUCAUACACUCGCUAUCUAAAGUCUGAAGAGUACAAAAGCUUGUUAGCCAAAACUGUAGUACCACAGGAAACAAAGAAGAGUGUAUUCCCGUGUAUGCGUCGUCAGCGAAAUUCCAGCUUCGCACCAGCUCUGAUACAAACAGAAGAUGAAAAUGGAAAAACCAACAUAGGAACUGCUUCAUAGAUUUAAUCACGUACACACACACACACACACACACACACACACACACACACACACACACACACACACACAGGCUAUAUUAUAAUAUACACAAUAUUUACUAAUGUAGGUGCCUGUAAAAGUCACAUCAUAUCUACUUCAUUCUGAUUAAAAUACUUCAUAAUAAGAAUUAAAACACAUUCAUCUGUUAUCCUUCUGCUAUUUAAGUAAUAAAACUACUACAGCUGCCUCCAGUCUUAUUAAAGAGUCUAUUAAAAUGUUUAAGACUCGGAGCUGUAGUGAGGAACAUCACGCUCAGGUUAAGGACCAGGACACGCUGAGACAGAGUCACAAACUGGUCCAAAUAAUGUUUCAGUGAUUACAGCAGAAUGAUGUGUUCAUGACAACUGAUAGACAACAUUUUAAUUUAAAUGUGUAAAUCCAUCCAAGACCAGCCUGGAGAUCCAGAGAGUUCUGAGCGCAGCAUCUCACCUGACUGUACGUCGCUUCACCGUCAUCUCUUCAGCAGCUCGUGUCCUGAUCACAUGACUUACAGAUCCUCCUUUUCUCCUCUCUGAACCUUCUCCUGGUGAAUCUCAGUAUAAAGCACCAUCACAUUUAUCCUCUCAUUUCCUGCUUACUUUUCUGUCCCGUGUAUGAAAUAUUCAGAUGGUUGAAGAAAAACAAACACAAUCAAUAAAAAAGACUUUCUGUC